UUACGUAUGUAUUAUAUCGCAGUUUCUAUUGUGUGUUGGAUUUCAUUUAAAGCGAUUCAAUAGCAUUUCUAGUCACGCAACGUCUUGCGCUCUGAAGCUCAUUACAGUCUAUUUUUUCAUCUAAUGAAAAUUUGUUCUCGUAACUGAUCUGUGGAUUAAUAUGCAAAAUAUUUACGGUAUCUGUUAAAGAAAUAUAUUAUGGAAAACAUUCCUUUUAUCAUUCCAAUGUACAUUCAGCUUUUCACAUUUUUCGUAUAAAGUUUUAAACGUUUAUACUUUUAACACAUUCAAUUACGAAUGCAAAAGAUUUACUCUUAGAUAUGAGGGAAGUGCAGAAUAAAUACUCGGUUCAAAUAUUCAGUGGAGUACUUUUUUUAUUGUUUCGUGUAACAAAUUUUUAAGACUGUUUAACUUGACAAAAAAGUCACUCUUUAACUGAGCCGGAAGGUCGACAAUCCGUUGAGAAACAAUUACGAAUGACCGCAGACACACACACACUGCUAUAUCUUGCGGUACAUUACUUUCUAUUCGUGCGGUGGUUGCUGGUGUUGAGCCCGAGUUCACCUGUCGCGACGCUGGCGACUUUCAGCGUCUACAGUCGCCUGAAACGUGUUCGGUCCAAUCCUGCCUAAGGUUACAUCCGAUCCUGCCUGAUCCGAUGAACAAGCCUUCGAGCACGUUAUAACUAUAACUGAGCCUGAUCGCACAGUAAUGGACUAUUUCGUGCGAAGAUAAUUCGAGCAUUGCUUCACGAAAGUUUUCUCAGUCAGACGUAUAGCGGUUUCAGACUAAUAAGAAUGGCAAGUAACCAGGAGGGAGAGUCUGGUGUGACAAUACCAUUGCAGUAUGCUAAUUCCCAUUGGAAGUCUAUAUUUGUGAAGUAUGACCUCGAUAGGGAUGGCAAGAUCUCUUACCAAGAGCUGAGAGCUAUGAUACGUAGCUCUGCUUACUCCAAUGAUAUUCCAGCCAGGGUGGUCCGUAUAAUUAUGCACAAAGCUGAUCUGGAUGAUUCAGGAUACUUAGAUUAUCCAGAAUUUAUAGCUAUGAUUCAUAGGAAGGACAUGCAGGGUGUGUUCGGACAUCUUGUGCAACGUUAUGUGCACUCGAUGAUUCCGCAAAGGCCAACCCCUUUGUUAGUAGCAAGAUCCAGCGACAUCACCGAUGGACAAUACGAAGAAGAGUACACUUGUAAACCUCCAGCAUUGGCGAUGAUAAUUAUAUCCGUACUAGAGAUCAUUCUGUUUUUAUAUGAUGUUAUUGUACAUAAAUCGUCUUCCGUCGAGGGACCAGCGGCUACUUUGUUCAUUUACAAUCCCCAUAAAAGAUACCAAGCCUGGAGGUAUUUGACAUACAUGUUCGUGCACGUCGGCGCAUUUCACUUGAUCGUGAACCUGCUUGUGCAAAUAAUGCUGGGCAUCCCGCUGGAAAUGGUGCACAAAUGGUGGCGAGUGUUGACCAUAUACGUGGCAGGUGUAAUCGCAGGAUCGCUCGGUACUUCCGUUUCAGAUCCGAAGGUGUAUCUGGCAGGUGCUUCGGGCGGUGUGUACGCGUUGAUCACCGCCCACGUGGCGACGAUUGUGAUGAACUGGUCGCAGAUGGAAUUCGCCGUGCUGCAGUUGUUCGUAUUCCUGGUCGUUGCGGCCGUUGACGUCGGCCAAGCGAUAUACAAUCGUUACGUGUUAAUAGAAACGAACGAUCAAGUCGGAUACGUGGCUCAUUUUGCUGGUGCCAUAGCGGGUCUUCUGGUAGGUAUAAACAUCCUACGCAAUCUCGAAGUGAAAACGUGGGAGAAGGUUGUCUGGUGGGCUAGCAUUAUCACUUAUAUCGUUCUUAUGACAGCUGCCAUUUUAUGGAAUAUUUUAUACACCUCUUACUUCGUAAAUUAAAUUAAUAUCGCCCUCGACUUGUACAAAUCAACUUUUUGCUGUCGCGUUUUCUGCAGCACUGAACUUCGUAGUGGCCACUAUGUCAAUUUAUACGAACGAAUGUUCUUAUUUUUUAAAAAGGAAACGAACAUGGUGCUGAUUCAAGCACAGUUGUUAAAGAGAGUAAUUAAUACGUUGCGUACUGUGAUAUAGAAAGCCUCUAUAUAAUGCACAGAACAAAUAGCUCUUAAAGACGAUACUCGAAAGUAUUUUUACUAAAUAUUUUGAGUUAACGAUGGAAGAUGUAAUAUAUACUUUUUCUACAAUCUCGCUUUCUGUAAGUUUUUAUGACAAUAAUUAUACACGGUGAGUCAGAAGUAGUACAUAAAGUAAUUUGUUUAAUGAUUUUACCAAAACAAGCUGCGUGUCAAUUUAUUAGAUGCAAAAUUGUAUUUAGACAAAUUCAACUAUCCUUUUAUUUUUGAAUUCAAUUACUAAUAAAGAAUUUUAAUUAUCUCUUACUGACUUGCCUUGUGUAUCUUUCAUGACGGUUGUUAAUGUGAAGGUUUUAGUUUUGUAAUA